AUGAAAGAUUGGACAUUGCCGAUCUACGUGUUUUUUGAACCAACACCAGCAAAUGAAUACCAUGACAAGCGCCAAUGCCAUGUCUUCAAAUGUGUUGCAUACGGCUGCAAGCAUCAUAUCCAACGGUACCUGGACAAAAAAGAUGCCAAAUCAACCGGCAAUAUGAGAAAACACAUGAAAAGUUGUUGGGGAGAGGCAGCCUUACAAGCUGCGAUGGAGUUAGAUGGUCCUAUCAAGAGUCUACUUGGAACCAGAUCAAUUAAAACUUCAUUUGAGCGGAAAGGAAAGGGAAAAGUUACCUAUUCACAUCGUCAGCACACCCGUGCUGAGACCAGGUUCACUGGGCGGCCAGAAUACUAUUUACCAUCCCUGUCCACUGUCGCACAUGACGUGAAACAAGUUUUUGUAAAGACACGUAAACGCAUUGCGACUAUGUUACAGAAUUAUGAGGGCAAGCUGAAUUUUGCGACUGAUGCUUGGACAUCCCCAAAUCAUAGAGCAUAUGUAGCCUUGUCAGUCCAUCUAGAGCAUGAAGGUCAGCCUCUAGCAAUGAUCCUUGAUAUCCUUGAAGUUGCCAAGGUAAACAAAACUUACCAUCAAUGGAAAUCACGCUAA